ACCAACCAACAGAUUCAACAAAACGACCAACUUAAUACAAUAACCACCACCGGCCCCCUCCCUCCGGUUCUCUUUUUUACAGUUUUACCAGUUACAAAUCAGCACCACAUCAUCGUCAUCUUCUCUUCGUCUGCAUCUUCAUCACCGCCACUACUACCAUUUUCUUUCACUCUUUCUAUCACAACGCGACGCUGCGUUUUGUGACUGUCUGGACUCUCUCCUCGUUAUUUUCACUCCACCAAUCAUUAUUAUUCUCAAUUUUAUUUAUUUUUGUUGUUAUUAUUAUUCAACGUCGCUAUCAAAUUUGAAAAGAAAAUCAGAUUCGAUCGUAUCUAUCUCUAUCCAUUUUCGAUCUUCUUCUCAACAUUCUAUCACAUUCAAUCCUGUUUCUUGCUUCUUUUUUUCUUUUUUGUUAGGGUUUCAUUUUGUUUGUAUUUUGUGAUUAGAAGGAAAGGUACACUGAUUGAAAGGAGAGGUGUUUUUGGAACGUAAAUUGAUGAAUUCGGGGCAAAUGUUUAAUCCGGGCAUGGAUGCUGCCCGGGAAACCAGCGGAGUUUCAGCUGCCGUACUUGUUCCAAUGCGGUUCGUUUGGCCUUAUGGAGGAAGAACUGUUUAUUUAAGCGGUUCUUUUAAUAGGUGGUCUGAGCUUUUACCAAUGUCACCGGUGGAAGGUUGCCCUACUGUAUUUCAGAUUGUUUGGAGCGUACCACCAGGUUUCCACCAGUUUAAGUUUUGUGUUGAUGGAGAAUGGCGACAUGAUGACCACCAAUCUUACGCAAGUAGCGAAUAUGGGAUUGUGAACACUGUGCUUCUACCUACAGAACCUAAUUUCAUACCUGGAAUUAAUCCAUUAGUUCCUUCUGGAUCGAACAUGGAUGUGGAUAACGAACCAUUUCAGCGUGUGGUAAGAGUUCGCAUUCCUGAUGGUACUUUGACUGAGGCAAUGCCAAGGUUGUCAGAAUCUGAAUUACAGGUCUCCCGUCAUCGUGUAUCUAGGUUCUUAUCUAUGCACACUGCUUAUGAGUUACUUCCCGAGUCAGGCAAGGUUGUAGCGUUGGACAUUAAUCUACCUGUAAAACAAGCGUUUCAUAUACUGUAUGAGCAGGGUAUUUCCAUGGCUCCACUUUGGGACUUCUGCAAGGGACGAUUUGUUGGAAUUCUUAGUGCAUCAGAUUUUAUAAUGAUUUUAAGAGAGCUUGGAAAUCGUGGCUCAAAUCUGUCAGAGGAAGAGCUUGAAACACACACCAUUUCAGCCUGGAAAGAGGGGAAAGCAUAUAUGAACAGACAAAUUGACGGGCAUGGGAGGGCAAUUUCAAGACCUCUCAUCCAUGCUGGUCCCAAUGAUAACUUGAAGGAUGUUGCUUUGAAAAUUUUGCGAAAUGAGGUGGCUACAGUUCCCAUAAUCCAUUCAGCCUCAGAAGAUGGUUCAUUUCCCCAGUUAUUACAUCUUGCCUCACUUUGUGGAAUACUAAAAUGUAUUUGCAGAUAUUUUAGGCAUUGUUCUGACUCAGUGCCCAUUUUAAAAGUACCAAUUUGUGCGAUACCUGUUGGUACAUGGGUUCCGAAAAUUGGAGAAUCUAAUCGAAAACCAUUAGCAAUGUUGAGACCUAGUGCUUCACUUAGUUCAGCAUUAAAUUUGUUAGUUCAAGCUCAAGUAAGUUCGAUACCAAUAGUUGAUGAUAAUGACUCAUUAUUAGAUAUAUACUGUCGGAGUGACAUAACUGCUUUGGCAAAAGACACAGCUUACACCCAUAUUAAUCUUACUGAAAUGACUAUUCAUCAGGCAUUGCAAUUGGGACAAGAUUCAUAUUCUCCUUAUGAGCUUAGAACUCAAAGAUGUCAGAUGUGUUUGCCAUCAGAUUCUUUGCAUAAAGUAAUGGAGCGAUUGACAAAUCCAGGUGUUCGGCGGCUUGUGAUCGUGGAGGCUGGGAGUAAGCAUGUGGAGGGGAUUGUUUCGAUCAGUGACAUCUUUAGGUUCCUGCUUGGUUAAUUAAGAAUAAUAGCCGAAUAUCAAUCUAAAAUCCAGUGGUGUCAGAUUCUACACAACUUGUGCGCAAAAUUUCACACCUGUGUUAAAAUACGAUUGAAGUAGAUCACACGGUGAUUUGAUCUUUGUUUGGUAAAAAAAUAUUAACCAAUGAGUCCUCAUGCUCUUGGAUGCCUUAUUUUUAGAAUUUAUGGCUGAAAGAGAAGAGGCAUGUAAUUUGGGACGAUUGAGUUCCUCUCCAAGAUUUGCUCAUCUUCCUCUGCCCAUAUAAUUGUUAUUGCUAAAACUUUUGUGCCAUUAAUGUAGAUGCCUUGUUCUUGAGGAGCA